AUUUUGAGUUAUAGUGUCUUAAAAUUAGUAAUUAAUUAUUUGUAAAAGCAUUAAUAUAAUAUAUUCUUAUAUUCAAGGUAUAAUGAUUUACGUAGUGCAACGUCAAUUCUGUUUAUAAAGAUAAUAAUAUAGAAUUAUCAGAAGAUGAGCUUAUGACUCAAUAAUUAUGAACAAUAGCGUAGCCAAGGAUAUGGUCCUCCCUCAUGGGCCGUGUUUAUGCACUAUACCAGUAUACUACUAGUUGAUAUUUUAGUAUUUUAAAACGUUGGUACUAAAUGUUGAUCAUGAAUGUUGUGGCGACUAGUCUAGCUCUAUAAUUUUAUAAUCAUUAUAGUUUUUAUAGUAUGUCAUGUCAUGUUAAUGCUGUUGCAGCUAACCACCGUUAAUUUAUUAUUUUUGUAAAUUAUAUUUUAUUAAUUAUUAUUAAAACUAUUUUAAAAUGCUGAAAAUACAUUUAUAAACUGAUGGAAAAAACUGGUGAAAGGUGAACUAUUAAAUCCACUCUUAUCUAAUCUGGCCAAAAACUCAUUUAACCCUCCCAUUUAAAAAUCUCAGCUAUGCCACUGAUCAUGAAUAUUUCUUAAGGUAUCAAGGUAACCCAUUCCUAAAAAUGUUUUAAAUGUAUAAAAAUACAUUUUAUUCUGCUUAACCUCCAAAUUGUGACUAAAUCUCACUGUUUACAUUUAAAUUUUAAAUUAUAGUUUUAUUAAAAAAAAUGUUGAAGAAUACUAAACUUUAUUACUAUCAUGAAAUAAUGAGAUUAUGAAAACUGAUCUUUAUGAAUUAUCACUGGGUAAACAUUCUAAAAUGUAAAACUGUCAAAGUUUAUAAAAUGUAGUCUUAUAUUAUUUCUUAUUCAUUAAAUGGCGGGAAGUAUAAGAACUAUCAGAAUGAGGCUGAUCUCUAUUCCAAGAAAAACAGUAUUUGAAAAGAGUAAAAUCCAAAUUGUUCUAGCAACUUUAUUUAAGGGUGUGAAUAGUCAAAUUAGUAAAAACAGUUAUAUUUUUCAUAGAUAUCUGUUUUAAUGGUGAAUUUUACUUGAUUCUAAUAUUUUAAACUAAAAUUAUAACUUAAAAAUGGCAAAUUUUAAAUACCUAGAAUGUAAUGCAAUGAAGAGUCAUUUUAAAGUUCUAUAUACAAACAAAAUAUUUAAUCCCUAAAGCAGUGCUUCCCAAAUUUUUUCGACUCACGGCGCCCUUUUUAAUUCAAGGCUUUUUCAGGGCGCUCUUCCCCUAGUCAUAGCAUGGUUAAUCAUACGGACAAUUUUGGAACAGAUAUUAUUUCAUGACAGCGCGGCGCCCCUAUACAGACAUCGCGGUGUACCAGGGUGCCACGGCGCACACUUUGAGAACCACUGCCCUAAAGCAUAAUAUAAUUACUAUAGAAAACAACAUUAUUUGCAUAAAUCUUAAGUAAAUUUGACAGCAAAUAGUAGACUGAAGGAAACACCUCAAAAAUAAAUUAUAAAAAGGUUAUCAAACUAAUAUUAAAAAUAUAAUACGACCUUAAAAUACUUUAUUUUAUCAUUUUUUUUAGAGCCUAUCUAAAGGUGCGUUUUUCUUGCAACGUCAGACGCAUUAUCACUAGGUACAUGCAUUUUAUAGGUAAUUUUUUUUUAUACUUACGUUUAAUGCAUCACGUCGGUAAAUUAUGCAGUGCGUUCAGGCGUACUACUAAUCUGCACUAGUGCAACGUUCAGACAUCUUGCGUUUAGACAAUAAAAAUGCCCAAACUACUUGUGCUUUCAACAAUUAUCAUUAUUUAUUAUCGUUAUUAAAAAUAUGUCCUUUAGUCAAUUGUUUAAAAAAUCCUUCAGUUUUUCUCGUAGACACUAUACUGUUGAAUGUAUUUCUCUGUUUAGGAAUCAUUCGAAAAAGUAAUACAUCUUCAAAAUCUUGUUCUUUGAACAUUUGACAAAUAAUAUUAUUAUUAUUUAAAAUUAAUUGUCGUUGCAUUUGGAUAAAGAUAUUUUUUAAACAAAUUUAAAUAACUACGUUUAUGUAACCAAUUACUGUUGCAAGUACUAAGAUAGAAUUUCAGUGAACGCAGUUUGAUAAAAAAAAAACAAAAAUGACUGCGUCUAGACGCAGACAAAUUUUGCGUUUGAACACUACUGAGAAAACGUAACUUAACAGCUUUAUUUGUGAAUACAGUUACGACACCACGACUUAUGUAUUUUGUAACCUAUGGACAUUAAAAUAUGUAUGCAAUUUUACGAACGUCUGACACGAGAGAAGAAAACCAUUUUAGUGAUUAGUGUCAAGUUAAAUGUUCAAUUUGUUUGUAUUACAGUAGGUGGUUUUUUAAUUUCAGUUCGUAAACAAUUGUUUCAUCUAUACUAUUGUCAACUAAAGUCACGUGAUAUUGACGAUGAAGAAACGAUAAAAAUAUUUAUUGUUUUAUAUGUGGACCUGUAUUAUACCUAUAUGCAGGGGCGUAAUUUCAAUAAAAAAACUGUGGGUGCUGAAGCCCUUCUAAUUUUUCAUGUUCUUCAUUGGUUAGUUGAUGAUCAUCAAUAAUAUCAAAAUCAUUAACUGAUUUCAACAAAAUGGGAUUGACUAUUAGGUAAACGAAUUUACUCGACAUUAUCGUAACACGUCGUACGGUACGACAAUAACGCGCCGCCUCGCGUGAGAUGCAUGAUAUUUAUGUAUUUUUUCAGUUCCGAUCGCCGUAGUAUUUCUGCUCAGGAGAUGGACAGGAACGACAAGCGGUUGCAACUGAAGGCGUUUUGUUUCAUCUGCGGAUGGCCACAGUUUCUGGUCUGGCUGACAAAGGACCAAGCUCGUCGAGUUUUCGCGCAUCACGGUUGCUGUGCCGGACUGGAAGAACCGCAAAACGGCGCUCUGGCUCAUGAUGACGUCGGUGGUCGAUCGGCUCCCAGUCCCGCAGCCUUUUCGGAUUGUGGUUCGCAAACGGACCCCGUGUCCGUCACCGUUCCAGUGGCCAACCGCGACUUCGGGUGUGGCAACUCUUGCGUAAGGUUCGUUAACGUGUGCACGCAAACUUACCCGUUCGUCGGGAAAGUCGCGUCCGACGUCAAUGAAUCUAUAACGAGGAGGCGAAUUUUGCAUCGAUUUACGAUGCGGUCGACUCGGUGACCAGUGUCCGCGUGUCGAUAGAACAAAUCAGUCCGUUCGAUGAUGACAAAGACGAAAUUGUCCCUAAGAUUCGAUAAAAUACAUCUUGAUAAUGAAGUUAACGCCAGCUCACCGAACAUGAAAUACAUAAUCAACGAUAUUGAA